AUGCUUUCGCUGCUCGCCCUCACAGCUGCGCUCGCUUCCCGCUCGGCGGUCACGCCGUCGUACCUCCGCCUCCGCGGCGGCGACGUCGACACCGUGACAAACGGCAUGGCCCUACUCCAAGUCGCGUCGGGAACCUUCGCCUUCAUGGCUCCCGAGCGCAACAUCGAGAUGUACGGCUACGACAAGGAGCCGACUAAAGUUGAGGUUGCUAUGAUGCGCUAUCUCGCAGUCGGCCAGGUUGUGCUCGGCGCCACCUCGGUCGCCGGCCUCGAGGGCGGCUCCAAGGCAGCGCAGGCCAUGUCCCUCUCGGGAGGCGCCGCCUCACUCCUCGCCUGUGCGCCCGUCUUUGAGGCCCUCGGAGGGCCAAAGGAGCCCCUCGCCGCGUGGAUUGCCGCCCUGGCCGUGCUCGGCAAGGCGACCCGCGCCGGCAAGGUCAAGAGCGUCGUCCCCGGAACCGUCCUCGGUGGCAUCGCGGCGGCCCAGGCCCUCGUCGCGCCCGACAAGACGUGGGAGGCGUACAAGAACAAGCUGCCAGCCACCGAGAUGGCCCUAGCGCUAUUCUCCCUCGCGGGCGGCAAUCUGCUCGCAAACACGGCGUACGUGGCCGUCGCCGACAAGCAGGGGCACAAGAAGGGGCUCUGCGCCGGCCUCGCUCUCCUCGCCGCAAAUUGCGUCAAGUUCGCGGUGCUCGACGCCACACGCGUCGGCUUCAAGCCCGCGGGCGCCUUUGUCUGGGGUGCCAUCACGGCCGCCGGCGCGCUGGCACUCAAGGCCUAG